CGGCUUCAGCAGAGGGGGCAUUCCUACAGCGCCUCCUUCACAACCGCAAUCAGACAACCAGAUUUGAAUGCUCAUAACGACAUACUGUAGGAUAAUAGUCAGCGUUUUUUUUUUUACUUCAAUGUACUGUAUAUUUUUAUCUUCAAUGUUAAACCGAGCAUAUCUUCCAAAGAAGUGGUCUGUAUCGAUUUCGUACAUUUUUAUUGUGUUUAUCCGUGUUGUUUUGAUAAGCCUCGCCUGUGGAUGAUGAUUUGACACUUCUAUUACUUUUUAUGUGAGGGGAGAGUAAAAAGCACAAUCCCAUUAUUUUGAAAUGGGCGUCAUUUUCUGAAAUGCACAGAGUGGAGAGAAAAACCGAGUUUGAGAGAGAGGAGACAUCCGUUUGAUAAGUGACAGUGAAGAAGGCGGACAUUGUUAUCCUCCACACACCACGCCAUAGGACAAGCAUGAGUCUGGAUUCAUGUUUUUUGAGUGACUUCAAAGCCUUAUGGUUUGAUUGUUUUUCUAUGGUGAAUUUCAAAGGACUGCCUCUCAUAGGUUCAUAAUCAAAAGGAAUGAAUGUUAUACCAUGAACAAAUCCUUCAAACAGAGGGAAUUACAACAUUUCCUCGGACAACGAACCUUGCAGAUGCUCUGCAGCAGGUCUUUUCUGAAAAGACGUGAAGAUCUCAGUGAAAGAACAUUGUCAUAUCUUUGUCCAAGGUUUUGCGAUAUAGGAUUACGAGCCAGCUGCAAUAAAAACGAAAUAACGGAUUGAAGCAGCAUGAAAACCUCACCCUGCCGACGGUAACCAAGGAAAAGAAACGGGAAACAGGACAGACAGUAAUGCAUACUUGUUUCAUAAAGGCCUCUAAUCACAGAUUACCAUGUGAGAUUUGAGAGUGAUUGAUUGACAUUUGAUAGAACAAAUAUUGCCAAUGUUGCUUGGUUGUGUUAUAGCAAUAGCGACCUUGUUCAGGGCAUUUUAUAGCUCGUAGAAAAACGUCAAUUUGAUCAUGUGAAACAUGUGCCCUGUUCCCAUUAUCCAUAGGCAAAGGGAAGAAUUGCUGUUGGCAUACAUUUGUUUCAACGGUGGGAAAGAGACAGUUGAUAGUCACAAUUUAGGGCAGACUAAAAAGCUUGCUUUUCAUGCCCCAUUGCAGAGCAUCCCAGGAAUUAAAGGCUACAGUUAUUUUACCCUCAACUACCUGUAACCUGUAAUCAGGAAAGUCAUUUUUCUCAGGUUAUUGUAUUACAAUCAGUUAAAACAAUAUGGGGAGUGACAGUGAGAUUUACAACAGAGAGUUGUCAAAGAUGUCUGACGAGGAUUUACUCGCCUGCUCUAAAGAAGAACUGGUGAGGCGACUGCGUAAAGAGGAGUCUGAAAAGAUCUCUGCUCUUAUCCAGCGUGGACGGCUGAUAAAAGAAGUCAACAAACAAUUACAAGGCCACCUGCUUGAGAUCAGGGAGCUAAAAACCAUCAACCAGCGUCUCCAGGAAGAAAACACAGAACUGCGCGACUUGUGCUGUUUUCUUGACGAUGACCGACUAAAGGUGAAUAAACUGGCCCGGGAAUGGCAGCUGUUCGGUCACCACGCAGCCAAAGUGAUGCGUGAGGAUCUGGGCGGCUACUUGAAAAAACUGUCCGACCUAGAGCGCAUGCAAGACGGAUUAGUGAAGGAGAAUCUGGACCUGAAAGAGCUCUGUCUGGUCCUGGAGGAGGAGUGUGUCAGCAGGAGUGACUCCAGUCCCGGUGGAUCCACUGAGCUCAACCUGCCGUGCAUGGUGUCCCGAGACCUGGGGGAUGGAAGUUCAAGCACUGGGAGCGUUGGUAGUCCGGACCAGCUCCACCUGGUUUGCUCACCGGAUGACUGAAGAUGGAACAGAGCUGGAUACUUUCACUGAUUAGUGAAAAAGCGCGAUACAGCGAAAUAUGGGUUGAGGAAAUAUGUUGACAUUGUAGGGAUAUAAUUGUUUACAUAAUUCAUUGCUAGAACACGAACUUUGUUGGGAUUCUUUUAAGAAGAUAGCAUAUUACACGAAAUACAGCAACAUCUCCAAAAUGGCAGCCAGUCAGUUGUGCCUUCAGCACCUGCUGCUGUCCUAACGAAAACUUGAAAAAUAAUCCUGAAGAGAAAAUAAAAAUGCUUUUUCCUGGAAAGAUGACAGCCCUACAGAGACAUUAGACACUAAAGAUCAAGAUUUUUUGGAAUUAUAAUUUCUCAAUUUGUAUUUAUUUUUUUGGACCAAUCUUGUCAGAGGUUUUCCUCUUUUCAGUGAUUGAGACUGUAUAUGGUUAACAUUAGAAGGUGUUGUUGGAAGGAGGUUGAGUUAGGAUGUUAUCUCAUGCACUGGACUGUCCUGGCACCGUAUUGCACUGGACAAAGCUACCAUGGGAUCCCUGUAGAUUCAUAUCUCAACACAGAUUUGAGCCAUACUAGUACAUGAUAUCCAAAACCAUUGAAAAAUUUGAAGGGUGAGUUUUUUUUGUGAGAGACCUUUAUAUAACAUUUAAAUCAUGUAGAUUAUGCAUUCAGUCCCUCAGGUCAGGAUUGGAGUGCUGUGUGUAUGAAAACACAAACUAACAAUGAAAUUGUGUAUUAUCAGCGCUGUCUUGGCAGCCCUUCAGUUUUACACUGAAAUUGCACGAGAGACAUAGUGUGCUACAGUAAUUUAGGCUGUACAAUACACUAAACAUGGCACCGCUGGUUUGUGUCUUACACCUGCACCUAUGAACUGAACUCACUCAGAACUGAACUGCUCAGGCAGUUCUCAACCAGCCACUUUUGUAUCAAACUGGUAGGUCUAGACUGGAGUUUACGAGAUGAUGGAUUUAUAGAUGCUGGCGACUAGGCAAGACACAUUUCUUUAUUAUUGUUAUGAUUACUAUAACUGCUUCACAUUCUCUGUAUAAGUUGCCAGUAGUCAGGAUCCCAAUAUAACUCAUGUUUUGUGGUAAUUCUGUAGAGCUACUCUCUCAUUGUCUUCAUUAACUUGACCUAUCAGUAUUACUUCAUUAAUGAAUACACAUUUCUGUUUUGUGCGUAUAGAACAUGCUCCUGGAUUGGAUAAGAUUUGCAUUUUUUGCUUUAAUUGGUGGGCUGCUCGUAGUGCAUUGAAGACCUUUAAAUACACUGGCUGAGACACUCAAUCGUGUUAUGACCUUUUUGUGUGCAGGAAGGCCAUUUUACAUGGUGUAACGUGAGUGAUUGAUUGAUCUCGCGAUCUGUUUGUCCCAGACUGCAGUUGAUUGAUGUUCCUGUCCAUGUCAUACAGCCUGACAUUGUGGAUAUUCAUCAGAUGUAUUGUUGGACCUGUUUGCACAGCAAGGAGACCUGGAGUGGACAGUAACACUUUCAUCAACUUAGUGAAACACAGAGAGCUCCUUUGACAGCGAGGAACACACAUAGGCACUCUCUUCUAACCCCUAUACUUAUCGUAUGCUCUCUGGGCCCCGUGUGAGUGAGUGACUCACUUCAUUUGCGAGAAGUACAGUAACAAGAGAACUCUGUGUUCAGGAAUCAGGGUCAUGGUAAACAGUUCUCCAUUUUACUAGACUCAUUAUGAUCUACUCUACUUUCCUGGACUCCCUCUUACUGUAAACAUGCUUUCCCAUUCAAUCAAACCAAGAUGUCUCAUUGUGACUUCAUUUUCUUCUUGCUCGUUAUCUUUCAUACUCGGCACAUCUGAAAUGUUAAUGUGUUCUUUUCAUCUGUUUGUAUAUGCCAGUGAUGCAGUUCUUUGCCUUUUACAAGGACAACCAUAGAGGAAUGGCCAGUUUGCCACUCCCUUUCCUCCCCAGCAUCCAUUACCCCCUUCUGUAAGGUUGCUAGGCAGCAGCAUCAAGCAGGAUCUAUUAAAAAUGGAACUACUAACUAA